CGAGAGUCAAUGGCCAGUCACUAAGUGAGCUCCGGUGCGGACACAAGUGAGAUAUGUUCUUGAAAGUCCUGUUGGUUUCUAUCGUCGCGAUGGCCUGGUUGGUCCCCAGAACCGAAACGGCACCCGCUGUCACGCAGUUCCUGCCGCCGAUUCCCGGAUACAUACCAGUCUACAUUAGACCAGGGAACACCCCUCUCGAAGACAUCAACGUCGACCUUGCAGAAGCAUUCAAAAACUAUGGCGAGAAACAUAGCAGUUCACCCUCACAGAAUGCGCUCACCACGAUCCUGGAGACGCACAUCCAGAAGAUCAAACCAAAGAGGGCCUGAACACCUCUCACUGGCGCGGGAGAGAUGAAUCAAAAGAAGCCAAAACAAAAGAAAGUGAUAAAUGCUCAAAACAUAUUUUAUAUUUAUAUAUAGACGCACAGAUAGUUCGAAUAAAUGUUAUGAUCUAAGUAAA